CAAGAACGUCUUGGCUACCGGUGAGCAGCUGUCAUGCUCCUCAUUGACUCACCAACCACCCGAUGAUGAGAGCGCUUAGGUGUGCUCAUUCUGCGCAUACGGUCUCCUCUUCUUGGCGCAUCCGCCCACUCUGAGCGAGUUCCCAGCAAAGUAGCAGUGCAUCCAAAGAUGUCGCUGAGGAAUUCCAAUUCAGGUCGCAGCUAUCCUCCCCGAGCAGGGUCGACUGGGGCAUCGACACGCGCGUACCCUUCCCGACCUCAGACCUCCGAGAGUCAGCGCAACGGAUCUGCUCCGGAUGCCGGCGAUGAUGUGCGCAAUGGGUCAGUCAGGGAUCAAAGGGGCUCUGCUUCGGCUGACAGUCUGCAACAAAGGGGCUCGACAUUCGUGCAGCAGCCUAGGGACAGAUCCACGCCUGCUGCAGCGUUGUCGCCGCAAUUGACGGACCAACAAAUCAAUAGGGUCACGUACAAGAACGCGACCAUCAAAGCCCUCAUCGAUCCCACGCUGCCGGUGGUCGAUGUCAUCCGCCAACUGUGCGCAAACGCCCAUCUAGGGGUGCAAGAGCCUCCCGCCCUCUUCGCCCUACGUGAUGAGGAGAAUGAGGAGCUUAUUGAUGAUGCAACCCUCGCAAAGAAGAUUCGCGCAGGCCGCAACUUGAGACUCUGUUCUUCGCCCACUAUCGAAGCUGUCGAGAUGGUCGAUAAGCUGUCCACGCGCGAAGAGCGGACCCUCAAGAUGGCGACGUAUACGCUGCAGCGACUUAUAAGGGAACCGCCAUUCCUGGAAGAAUUCCUCAGGAGAGGCGGAGCGGAUGAACUCAUUGGUAUCACCAUGAGCUUGGACAGCGGUAACACUCUGGCCUACGCUCUAGCAUGCAUGCAGAACUUGAUGGAAAGCAGCGACGAUGGAUGGGAUGAUCUGGAAGGAAGCUUCAUUGCAAAGGUGGUGCACAUUCUCGCAACGCAGGAUCGCAUCAAUGUUUGCAGACCGGCGACGGCGAUUCUCAAAAAGCUGGUCCUGUCGGGGCCAGACUCUGCGUCACUACCACGGGAAAGCGUGGCGCGCGGGGAGAGAGAGGACGAAGAAGGCGGUCCGCCAGGUGCUGCUCGGGGUCAAGCCGUGUUUCAGUACGGCUUCGAAGUUGUCUACAACGAGAUCCGACGGGAGCCAGCCUUUCUCAGCACAUUGACGCAGAGACUUGGGAGCGCCGAUACAACCCUCUGUCUUUACAGUCUGAGCCUCAUCAACAGUCUCAUGCGGCAUGCCUCGCCGAGCCUGUUCGAGACAUUCACAGCUGAGCUAGACAAGCUCAAUGUGUCGAAAGCUGUGACGAGGCUGAUGGAUUCCACUCGAGGCGAAGAGCUCUCUUCAUCCAUUCUCGAAUACCAGAACAACGUGAUUCGUGUUCUUCAUAAGCGGCUCAACACUUCAGUUAGCCCCACCAAGCAGCGUCACGCAAGUGCUUUGUCACACAUCUGGCUCCAGGCGCAAGUCACCGAGACGGUCAGCAGUGACGAUACCGAUCCUGACGGUAAUAGGUCUCUUCCUGCUGUGCCCGGCAGUGCCGGCAAUCGUUUCAAAUGGAGAAGACUGGGCUUUGAGACGGAGAACAUCAGUAAGGAGUUCACGCGCACCGGAUGGCUUGGACUGGAAUGCUGCGAAAGCUUUGUCAAUGGAGAUCCGGAAGCUUACGCCAAGAUCAUUCUGGAGCAAAUCAAUCGUCCGGCGAACAGGCGUUGUCCCUGGGGUCUCGCGUCACUCGAAGUAGUCGAGAUACUCUCCGACCAUUACGACGUCGACUCCGGAUACACCAGCUCGACAGAGUUCAUGCCCUACAUUCUGUCCUUUUCCAGGGUACACUCGCUAUCUUUACGCUUCUUUCUGCGAAUGUGGAGCGAGAGCGGUGCAGCGCGAUCUGAUUUCGCAAGGGUGAGCGCCUUGGUGCGCAGCCAGGUGAAGGAAGCCUUACGGUCGGAAGCAUCCAGGACGUGGUUCGAGGUCGAGCGCGACUUCAUCGAAUCUGACUAUCGCCUGGUCAGAGAUAGGCAGAUGCGAGAGCUGGAAGUUGGCGACGACUUUGCCAGCAAAGCUAGUGUCAGAAAUCUUCGUGGAAGGUUGUACCGAGAAAGCUACGAGUUUGUCAGGCAACAGCGCAUUCAGUGCUUGCUGGAAGGAGCCUGGUUCAAAAGCCCUCCGCAGACAACCAAGAAUAGUGAGCCUCUUAGCUCUGGUCGCGUAUCUCGCGCAGGAAUGGCUGGAGGAAGUACGAGCCCAUACGGCCUUGUGACCGCUAGACCCUGGCGAUUCUACAGGCUCAGUCCGAACAAGAAAGUACUGCACUACUGCGAAGCUCUGGAGAUUGGGCCCAUCCGAAGCGGGCUGGACGACCUCCCUGAGCGCAUCGACUUGGGUCUGGUGUCAGAAGUAUCGGUCCAGCAACCCACCGGACAGAGCGCUGAAAAUUCUCUAGCCUUCAGUUUGCUGCGCGCUCCUGAUGUCAGUCUCGCGGACUUUGUGGCGCUCAAUGCGAGCCAGUACAGCGAGUGGGUGGACGGGCUGGGCAUGCUUCGCGGUGAAGGAGGAGUUGUCAGCACCAAGGAGACUGCCGAAUUCAUACAGGCGUUGACGGACAUCGCCGUCAAGGUCAAAUUGCUAGACUUGACGGGAGAGAGGAUUGAGAUACCACAGUCUUUGCCGCUUGCGCCCUUGCCUGUCACCACUUCAUUCUUUUUUGCCGAUCUGUAGAAUACUGCUUCGAUGUGCAAGUCCCACUUAGUGAACCCGCAAGGCCCACAGUAAUAAUGUGGCGGU